AUGUCUUCUACUAAGAGGAGGAUAGCAGUCCUUCUAUCUGGCUCAGGAACCAACCUACAGGCCUUGAUCGAUUCACUGAACACACCUGCUCUCCCGAAUGCAGAAAUCAACUUGGUGUUGUCUAAUCGAAAGGCAGCAUACGGGCUUACACGAGCUGCUCAGGCUUACCCACCUAUCCCGACGGCGUAUCUUGCACUUCAACCCUAUCUCAAGAACAAUCCGGGGAAAACACGCGAAGACUACGAUGCUGAGGUUGCGAAGCAAGUUUUACGGGCGAAGCCAGACAUUGUCGUGCUGGCUGGAUGGAUGCACAUCCUCAGCGAGAGUUUCUUGGAGCUGCUUGAUGGACGGAGGUCUGUGGAGGGCGAACUGGACCUCUCGACUACUAAACCCAUCCCGGUCAUCAACCUACAUCCUGCUCUCCCUGGCCAAUUCGACGGCGCGAGCGCUAUCGAACGCGCCUACGAGGCAUUCAAGAAAGGAGAGAUCAAGUAUUCGGGAGUGAUGGUUCAUCGUGUCGUCAAAGAUGUUGAUAGGGGAGAGCCUCUCAUUGUCCGCGAGGUCCCCUUCAUCGACGAUGAGCCUAUAGACGGAUAUGAAAAGCGGCUGCAUAAUGUUGAGCAUGAAAUCAUUGUUCAAGCGACAAAGAAGGUGCUGGAUGAGGCUGAACCUCUGCAGAGCUGA